ACCUUUGAAACAUCCGAUCUAUGACGCUGACGCUGAAAUUUGUUUGUUUACAAAAGAUCCCCAAUCUCAAUACAAAAAGUUGCUUAAGGAAAAGGAAGUUAUAACGAUAGAUAAGGUUAUUGGACUAAAAAAAUUGCGUAAAAAAUUUGUUUCGCCCGAAGCGAAACGAAAACUAUGUGAUAACUAUGAAUUGUUCUUAGCUGAUGAUAAAAUCAUAGUAUCUCUUCCAAAACUGUUAGGGAAAUAUUUCUUCAAGCGGAAGAAGCAAGCAGCCGAUUUCUGUGAGGAUGGGAGUGAAGGAUCUUAA